UAUAAAACAAUUAGUUAACUCUUGCAAAGGGGGAAAUAUUAUACAACUCCUUGACAUUUACCGAAUUUCUAAGUAAUACAGUGAUCAAUUUCACACUUAAUUAUAUUUUCUACUAUUAAACAUAUAGAUUUAAUUAAACGCCACAAUGGAUACUGAGAUAACUGAAGAAAACGCUGAGAAGCGAGCUUUAUAUACGGAAGAUGAGGUAGAGCUGAAAAUGCGCAAAGUAAAGGAACGUAUUGAGAAGUCCUUGAACACUUCCGAAUCAGGGAAUGAUGGUAAAGCUCCUCCGCCAUCGAAUUUAAUGCGCAAGAUGGGCUCAUGGAUAUUCGAGAGUGUUGGCGGUUACUAUUUGCCCACGGAGAACGUGAGCAAGUUGAGCGUAAAGAUGCAGGAACAACUUCUCAUUAGAGAUCUCAUAUAUGCCUUUUCGGGUGUCCCGUCGUCCCAUAUCCGACCAGACAUAUCAAUUGAUGAUGUGAAUCAGCUGAAGACUGAUCAGAUUGGACAGGUUCGCUUCAAGAUCGAUGAGAACUUCAGUGGAGCCUUUCGAUCGUUGGCCAAUGAGUUGCUUCCCCUGAUUGGAUACUACAUCAAUGUGCAGAGCUUCAUUGAGGACACCAUUAUGACGACGAGCUGUUGUCGAUCCUUGGGAGUUGCGUUGCACAGGAAUAUGCAGCAGUACUUUGAGGUCCAGUCAGCACUGGAGUCGCAGCUGCAGGAGCAGAAAUUGAACUUGCAACAGUUGGUGCAUCAACUGCGUCCCUGGCUGAUCACCAUGGAGGCCUAUGCCAGUCUGACGAGUCGUGCCCGUUGCUCGGAUCUGUCAACAGCAGAUCUGCUCUCCUUGAUGCACGAACAUCAGCAACACUUCAAGACUGAAGGCCUCAAGAAGUUGAUCACAGAUGUCUCGCAUUAUUACAUGAAGAUGGUGCAGCUGUGGACACAGAAGGGAGUACUCUACGAUGUACGUGGUGACUUUUUCAUUGAGGACACCAGGGCCAAUGCGAUGAGCAGCACGUUGCUCUCCCCGAAGCAAUGUUGCCACUCUUAUUGGGCACAACGCUAUCGCCUGCACAUGGAUCGCUUGCCCAGCUUCCUGGAGCCGGUGCACGAGAGGAUCUUUCUGGCCGGAAAGUAUCUGAAUGUGCUGCGUCAGUGCAAUGCGCAUAUGAAACUGAUGCAGAUUCCACUUAGCUAUUUACCCGGAGAUGAGGCCCAUGUGGAGUUCAUCCGCAGCAGCUACGAGUUGCCGGCGAGAAAGUUAUUGGAGAUUCUUGUAGAGAAUCAACAGCUGAUGAGACAUUUGCAGAAUCUGCAAGGAUACUUCCUCUUGCAGCAGGAGAACUUCACCAAGUCCCUGAUGGAGAAGUGUGCAGGUCAGUUGCAGUACAAUGUGGACUGUUUAAUUCCCGAGAAGAUGCAGAAGCUGUUGUUGGAGGCACUGCAAAGCAGCGACGAUCCUUUCAAGCAUAUGCUUCACUGUCAGCUGAUGGAUUGCGAUGUGGCCACACAGUUGGCCAACAGACAUAAGCGUCACAGCGAGGAGAAGGAUAAGGAGAUGGAGAUGGAGUUGGAGAAUGAACCCUCCAGCGAAAUGGAAGCUUCAAGUGAGGUGGAAUCGUCCAGCGAGUUACCGGAGCCUUUAUCGAUCUGUGGCUUUGAGGCCUUUACACUGCGAUAUACGCCCAAUUGGCCCAUUAGCCUGGUCAUCCAUGAUGAACCUUUGGAGCAGCUGCAGUUGCUGCAUCGUGUGCUCUUCUUUCUGCGCUACGUGCAACAUCAGUUAAAGUCCACUUAUUAUGAUUUAUCCAAGUGUAAUUCACAUGCAGCUGCAUUGAGGGAUCGCAUGACGGAGUGCAUCCUGCAGCUGGAGCAGCACAUGCUGCUGGAUAUUGUGGAACCACAUUGGCAAUCGUUGCUCCUCGCUGUGGAACGAGCUGAGCUUAUCGAUGAGGUGUUGAGUCAGUUCCAGGACACUUUGGAUCAGUGUCUGCUUCUCUGUCUGCUCUCUGAGCCCAUCACCUUUGUGAGAUCCCUCUACACACUUGGCCAGCUGUGCCUCAACUAUUGCGGCUUCAUCGAGCAGCCAACGAGCGAGGAGUUCGAAUCUGGCGUGGUCGAGUAUGAGGAGGAGUUCAAUAGUCUGCUGCUAAGCAUCUUGGAUCUGGUUGUGGAGCUGUCUAAGCCGAACAGCGCCAGCAGCGAGGAGGAGCGAGAAUCCUGCAAGCAAUUACUUCAGCGUCUCAAAUUUAUUAGUAAGGAUUUGGCUCAAACACCAAUCCUGUCAGAGAUUUAGUUGUAGGUUCACUUUUUAACUUGCCAAAUUGAUCGUGACACAAAAUUCUUUAUAAAAAGAUGAGCUGCAAGUCUGCUAUGAGACUGCAAUUCUUCAGUAUUAGUUUAUAAUUUUAUUGAUAUAAUAUAAUUUUAACUAUUUAAUUGUGAGUGAUCAAAGUUCAGCUAAAAUGGAAAAACAGUUGAAUGAAUUUCUUCAAAUUC